AUUAAAGUAAUUAUAGGGAAUAGUUUUCUACGUUUGAUUUGAACUCCUCGUGAUAAAUUAUUUAAACUGUUCUUGGGGGAAGAUUACAACAAAGAACUUGAGCUGAGAAUAAAAUUAUUUUUUCAGUGAUCAUAAGUUGAUAGUAUGACUAGCGGUGCUCUGCAUAUCGACAAUUAUGUUAUGAUAAACCGUAAAAUUCUAAAACUUGUCGGGCUUUAUCCUGUUGACUUACGCAGAUAUUUUUUUUCUAUCUGUUGUUUAUUGUUGAUAAUAAUACCGGAAGUACUUAGAAUUUUUUUUAAUCAACAAGACUUGGAUGUAAUUCUUGAAACCAGUUCAGUUCUAUCAACAAUUCUUCUUGCCGUAAUAAAAUCAAUUAUUUGGAUAAUUUUCCGACGUCAAGAUACGACAAUUCUAAUUAAUUUUCUUUUCAACGAUUAUUGGGAUAUUGUAGUAACUUAUUGUCGCGCAAAUGAAUUUAAAUAUAUCGACAAAAAUGCAAAGAUGGCAAAGCGCAUCACAGUCAGUUAUAUUGUGCUAAUUGUAAAUGCAUUAUUUAUUUUUUAUUUACUACCAUUACGUCAUCACAUCAUUAAGGCAGCAGCAAUUUUAAAAAUUGACGAACAAGAGCCAACGUUUAACGUAAGUUUAAAUUUUCCAUUCAUUGCAGCAUAUCCAAAAUUCUGUUACAAGUCGCCCUUUUACGAAGUCGUUUAUUUUUCUCAAAUGCUGGCUACUUCUAUGUGCGGAUUAAUUAUUCUCGCAAUGGAUACUCUGAUAGCUACAGCUAUUUUUCAUUCUUGCGGACAUUUUAAUGUACUGUGCGCUAAAUUACAACACAUCAAUUUUCAAAAUAAUUAUCAUUUAACUGAUGAGUUAAUCACAAUUAUUAAACAUCACCAAUUAGCUAUCAGAUUUUCUGAUCACCUAGAGUAUGUUUUUAAUCCUCUAAUGCUUUUUCAAGUAAUUGCGAGCAGUAUUAUUAUUUGUCUUGUUGGUUUUCAAGUAAAUACUACAUUAAAACACGAUAACAAAGAUAAACUUGUAGAAUAUAUAUGUUACUUGAUGAUGGCGCUGUUUCAAUUGCUCCUCUUUUGUUGGCCUGGUGAUAAAUUAAUUAACGAUAGUUUAAGAACAAAUGAAGCUGCAUACUUGACUAACUGGUAUAGCCAUCGCUUUUCCCAUACAAUAAAAACAGAAUUAAUUUUAAUGAUAUUAAGAUCUCAAAGACCGAGUUAUUUAUCAGCUGGAAAAUUUCAUUUGAUGAGUCUAGAAAAUUUUAGCACGAUAUUAAGCACAUCGGUAUCAUACUUUAUGCUUCUACAGAAUUUAGAUAUGUAACUUUAAGCUAAAGUGUAAAAAAUAAAUGUAAAUGUACAUAAUUAACAAAAGUAUAAAAAUUAUUUUAUUUAUUUAAAUAA